AGAGAAGAUGGCGGCCGCCACGGGGCGUGCGGCGGGCGCAGUGCCGGCGGGAUACACGGCUCUGGCGGUGAAGUUCGCGGAGCGGCAGCGCUCGCCGCACUGCCUGUUGGUGAAGGAGCACCAGGUGCGGGAAGGGGCCGACACUGCGCACCCGCCUCGCCGGACGCUCUUCGUCCUCAACGUGCCCCCGUACUGCGGCCCGGACGCUCUGUCUAGGCUGUUCUCUCGCUGCGGGCAUGUGCAGUCUGUGGACAUGUGUGACAAGCCAGGUCCAGGAGAGAAAAAAGAUAAACUGACGUCCAAAUUCUUCGAUCACAAAACUCCGAAGGGAUUUCAAGUAGCAUACGUGGUGUUCAGGAAAGCAGCAGCUGUCCAGGCAGCCAAGGCUCUAUCAAAGGAAGGUCCCUUGCUAAUAUCAACAAAGAGCCACCCUGUGAAAACCGGCAUUAGCAAGUGGAUCGCCAGCUAUGAGGCCUCCAUCGUGAAUCCGAAGGAGCUGAAGGCUGAGGUGGAUGCCUACAUGCAAGACUAUGAUAAAAAGAUGGCAGAGGAAGAAGCCAAAGCAGCCAAGGAGGAGGGUGUUCCAGAUGAGGAGGGCUGGGUGAAAGUGACCCGGAAGGGCCGGAAGCCUGGCCUGCCCUGGACAGAGGCUGCCAACCUGCGCGUGCUGGAGAAGGAGAAACAGAAAAGGGCCCGCAAAGAGCUGCUCAAUUUCUAUGCCUGGCAGCACCGCGAGACCAAGAGAGAGCACAUUGCCCAGUUAAGGAAGAAAUUUGAGGAGGACAAGCAGAGGAUUGCACUGAUGCGAGCCCAGCGCAAGUUUCGGCCAUACUAGGUUGUGCUGAGCUGUUCUUCAGGUGCCUGCGCUGGGUAGGAGAGAUCCCUACUGACUCCAUUUGCCAAAGGAUUUUGGGGAAUUGAGGCAGCUUUGGAUUGCCUUUGCCUUUACCUUUGGAUCUGAAAUGGGAGAUCCCAGCAACUGCUGCUGGAGGAGAGUUCCCUUUAUUUGCACCGGUAUCCUGCUCUUCUGUCAUUCAGCUCCAUGGCAGCACUUCUCAGGAUGCUCAGGUCAAGGGGCUGAGGCACAUCCUGUGACAACCUGUAUCUCCCUGCCACCCAAAAACACACCUCCUAAAGCUUGGUGAGAACUGGGAUUGACCUAGUGCAGCCUCUGCAGGGGCAGGGAAUGGCUGAAGAACUGUAAAUAAACUGCUGCUGCUGUUUUCAGAA